CUCUAUAGGCGUCGGCAGCUAGACCCUCUUGGACGAACGGGAGAUUGUCGGACGUGAUGUCACUCAGCUCGGAAUUUCCGAGUUCUGAGAGAUAAUCGAACACACCAUAAAAAUGUAUCAAUGUGCGCAUGCGUGACGUUUCGGAGGACCGAUGCGUUCACGUUGCAGUCAGAAACAGAUCACUUGUAGUUAUGAAUGUGAACAAGACAGACAAAUCCGACCUGAGCAAAAAAUCGGAAUUGAACGAUGUGGUUGGCAGUGUGAACGUAGUCUAAGGAUCGCUUUCACACUCCGAGCCACUUUAUAAAUACCGGCAAUGGAUCGAGACACUACUGAGGGAAGAGGGGCUUGAACUUGCUUUGAGAAGUUUGUUUGAGAAGGCCCCCUUGUUUGUUAGAGGAGACAAGCGAAGGACAUUAAGAUUUUGUUUUUAUUUUGAUUUUAUUUUCUUCAAUCUACUGAUCCACACUCCAGUCCAGUAGGUGGCGGUAAAGCACCUAUAUGCUGGGCGCCAUCAGCCUUUAAAUACUAAAAGAAGACGUUGAAGAAGAGUAUGAGUGAUAGCGCCCAGAAGUAAAGAGAAGUAAAGCGAUCGAACUACAUAGCUUUUCCAUCAGCUUUCUCUAAAGAAACAAGGGCAGCUUUAUCUUGCUCUGGACCAAUGUUGCAGGUUGGUCUUCUAUGGAAUGGAUGAGACCCAGGAGAAUGAGUAUGAAGAGCAGCUGAAAGAAAUCUUCCAGAGCUUUGACACAUCUGGCUCAGGGUUUCUGGACUCUAAAGAGCUCAAAGAUCUGUACCAAGCUUUGCACCUUGAGGAGGAAACAGCAGUCCUCAUCCAUUCCUUGCUGCACCCUCAGGAUGGUGUUAUUUAUAAGGUUGAUUUUAAGCAGUUUAAGGACACAUUGAUACAGAUCUUAACACCAGUAGGAGAGCCCUUUCAAAGUCAGGAAGCCUGCUGGGAGCCAGAUUCUUUUGUAAAUGAAGGAAACUGUUUUAGCCACUGGCUGACUCCAGAGUUGGCUGAUUCCAUCACUGCAUUCUCUGAGGCUGGGGCUGCACGACCACCACAAGACCCCAGGAACGCUGUGCAUAAUAAUGUGUCCAGGAAGUAUCAAUGCUGGGACACACGUACAAGCACUAUAGAGGAAUAUGAAGCACAAGGUCAGCUACAGUUGUGGAAUCCUGAUAGACCCAACAUCGUGCAGCGGGCAGCACUUCCCUUUACAGGCAGACUGGAAGAGCUCCUGAAUGAGCUAUUUGAUGGGACUGGUCAGAGUACAGUCACCCCAACAUCCCUGAGAAGUACAACUGGCAUGAAACUCUUCUCCAGUCUGGAUGAUGGAACAGGGUACACCCAGGUGGAGUGUGUCCUGGAUGCUUGGCAGGAAGCUGGCAUUGAAAAUAGCACUGAAAUUCUAGAGGCACUGGGUUUCAGUUCAGUGGAUGAUAAGGUGAAUCUCCGUGAACUUGCGACAGCCCUUGAAAAUGAGCUACGUGUUACACAGAGUGGCAUUCACCAGGCAGUGCUGGCCAGCUUCAGAGCUGAGAUACAGUAUCUUCUGGAGCAGUUGGAUGUUGAACUUAGUGAGAAGAAAAAGUUACGUGGUGACCUGGAGAAGGCAGGCAAAUUGACGACCAAACUGACCACAGAGGUGGAUGAACACCUUUCAGCCAUUGAGCACAACUACAACCUCAACAUCAGAAAACUUGAACAGGAAUAUAACCAAAAACUAGCAAGUGUGAGGGCUGAAUUGACCAAAGAGAGAGAUAUUAUCCACCAACAGGCAACUCAGCAACAUGAAGAACUUGAUGGAGAAAUUGAAAAAAUUAAACAGGAAGCAACCUUGCUAAGAGAACAUCUUGCUCUUGGUGCCAAGGAAAACAGUCGAUUGGAAGCACAGCUUUUGGAUAGCACAGAAAAACUUUUGGAGACUGAAAAUCUGGUCUGUAAAUUGCAGAGAAAACUAGACAACAUUCUUGAAGAAAAAUUUAAUUAUUGGGACCGUGGAAGUGCUGAUUUUUUUCUACAUGAAGAGCAUCUUCGCCAAAUAUUUAGCAAGCAUGAAGAACAAUGUAGGGAAAUGCAGGAUUGUAUCGAUGAGCUGCAAUCAGAACUGGAGAAAUACCAUGCAAUCAAGAAGAUCCCUCUCAUUCACAAUGUUGAUAAUAAUAUUUCCAAUAUUUUUUCUGACCAAGGUUUAUAUUCAGGAGAAUGCCAGUCAUUAAACAUGAGUCUGGAAGCUGAAAUACUUGUAGAAAACCUGAAAGAGCAGCACCUGGAAGAGAUUAAGAAACUAAGAGAACAGCUUGAAAGUGAGAUUAGUGAAUACCAACAACAAAUAAACAAGCAAAGAAUAUUCCAUGAAGAACAACAAAAGCUUCUGUCACUCAAAUGCCAAGAGGAGGUCCAGACCCUACAAGGAAAUAUCUCACAAAUCCAGGAUAGAGCUGAUGAGCUCCAGUGUCAAGUGAACCAAAAGGAAAUGUUGCAGAUUCAGCUAGAAAGCAGUCAAGAAAAAGUGAAGCAACAUGAAGAGGAAAUGAGUGUUAUCAAGAAGCAGCUUUCAGAUACCCAAGCCUACUCUGAUGAGUUGAAGGAAAAGUUGAAGACACUGGAACUUCAGUCCAGAAUGUUGCAGAGCUUUGUGAAGGAAAAGGAAGAACUUCUGAGGAUUUAUGAAGAGAGAACUAUACAAGUGGAGCAACAUCAUAAGGAAAAUAUUCAGGCAUUGAUAAAAGUGGAAAGGGAAAAGUUGCAGGCAGUAAAAGAAGAGAUGGAGCAAAGACUGAUAGCUGAGUGGGACAGGGAAAAGGCUCAGUUACAAGAAACCCAUGAACAUUUGCUUCAGGCUAAUUUAGAGGAAGAGAGGCAGAAGUUAGAAAGGAAACUCAAAGAGGAAUGGGCACAUGAGAAGGCCCUUCUGGAGGAGCAGCAUGCGGGGGUUAUCCAAGUAUUCUUGGAUAAGAAAAGACUCAGACUUUUGAAUGAGCAGAAACAGGCCGAAAGGAAACUUGUGUAUCACUGGGAGAAAGACAGAGCAGCAGGAGAGGAGGAGAGAAUACAACAGCCGGAUAGCCCCUGGGAAGCUAUGCAAGAAAUAAUUCCUGCAUACAAUGAAGAGAGGAAGUGGCUGGGUGGCCUAAUGAACAAAUUCUGGGAUGAAACUCCAGAGGCUAGGCAAAAACUGGAGAAAGAGUCUUCAGAAAAGAUGUUGACAAAUUUCAAAAAUCAGAUUAGAGCAGACAUGCAGGAGAUGAACUACCAACCUGGCAGCUACAUAAAGCUGUGUGAAAAAGAAGCAGCUGUACAGCAGCCACAGAAUAGAAUCUGCACCAUACCUGCUCACAAAAGUAUAAUGGAACAAUUUUCUAUGAAGAAACAGACCCCUGAUUUCUGUACUGAACUCUCUGCCUCCCAGGAAAAGGUUGAACAGGAGAUAAAAAUGAUGAAGAUGGAGCAGCAUAUGCAAGAUGUGGAAUUAAAACUACACAAUAUUAAACUACUUAUGCAGGAAAAGGUCUUUCAACUGAAUACCCAGCUACCCAGGAAUAAUUCGGCUGAUAUGAUAAAGGACCUGGACAUUGAAAAUACUCAGCUGCAGAAGAAAGUGGAUAAGAACUACCUGCUGCGAGAAAAUAUCUCAUAUCUCAAAAAGAUUGUGUAUAACCUUAACCCCUCCCCCCAUAUGCAAAGCAAUACCACCGUUCCUGUACUUGACAUGAAAUCAUAAUCACAUUCCAAAAAAAAAAAGCUGUUAUACAGUCCCUUACAUUUCUUCCACCAUAACCAUGAUAGAGCUUCUGUGAUAUGAUAAUCAUUAGAAACUAGCAGGUGUUUUUGUUGCAUUAUUUUAUGUUGCAUUAUUACAAUUUUAAUACCCCUGUGUCCAUCCUCUACAGCAGUGGUCACCAACCAAUUAGUCAGGUCAAUCUUUUAGACAUUGCGACAGACUGUCAGCUUCACAAUGCAGUAUUAGUUUGCAUGCUUCACUGUCCAUUAUAAGGUCAACGGGAACUUCAUUAGCCCACAGAGGUCGCAUGAAUACAGUGGUUGCCAACACGUCAACCAUGAGCGGGUAGUAACGUACAAGGAGAUAAUAUGUCUUGGAUGAUGAGUGCCACACUGUCAUGGCACUCUACAGAGUAGAUACGAAGAGAUAAUUAAUUUUACACCUUCCUUAGCUGGUCGACAGUUUUCACUGUUGCCCCUACAUCCAGAAGGGUGUUGGUCGACAACUUUUACAAAUGACAUGCUACAGAAUAGUAGUGAGAAAUAAGAGUUUUGUUGGAAUGCAAUGUAUGACAGGGGACUUAGUGGCUCAUUUGGUAAUAUUGUAAGCUCACAGUUCCAGGUUUGAGCAUUAAAAUUCCUUGCCUGGAACUGUGUUUGUAUACGUUAUCUCCAGGUUUUCUUCCCACAGUCCAGAAACAUGCAUUUAAAUUUGAUUUAUUGGGCAGAUACUUUUAUUCAAAGUGAUGUACAAGUCCCAGUUCCAAUGCCUAAUGCCUUCUUUUUUUGUGGGAUAUGCUUAAGACUCACGUGACCCAGUAGUAGAUAAGCAUUAAUGUAAAAUGUAUAUGUAAUAUGACUUUUAUAUAUUCACAGACUGUACAGUGCAACAAAUACAGCUGACCCACCAUUUGCACAGUUAAGUUGAAGAGACAGCUGUCAUGAAGGUUACUUAUGUUAAAUUUUGUUGAAGAUGUAAGCCAAUGAAAUUAUUUUUUUAUGGACCUUGUAAAAUACUUAACUGGUCUUAGUAAUUGAAAUUGUUUUACUGAUGUCAUACUGUGCAUAAACAUGCUGCAUUGCUAAUGCUGUA